UCCAGCCCGGGACGCGCUUGGCCCUGCCCGCGCCCGCUCGCUUCGUCUUGCCCGGCCUCCCCGCGUUGCCUCCUCGCCUGUUCCGCGCCAGGCAUGGCCCCCAGCACCGUGGCCGUGGAGCUGCUAAGCCCUAAAGAGAAAAACCGACUGCGGAAGCCAGUGGUGGAGAAGAUGCGUCGCGACCGCAUCAACAGCAGCAUCGAGCAGCUGAAGCUGCUGCUGGAGCAGGAGUUCGCGCGGCACCAGCCCAACUCCAAGCUGGAGAAGGCCGACAUCCUGGAGAUGGCUGUCAGCUACCUGAAGCACAGCAAAGCCUUCGUCGCCGCCGCCGGCCCCAAGAGCCUGCACCAGGACUACAGCGAAGGCUACUCGUGGUGCCUGCAGGAGGCCGUGCAGUUCCUGACCCUCCACGCCGCCAGCGACACGCAGAUGAAGCUGCUGUACCACUUCCAGCGGCCCCCGGCCGCGCCCGCCGCGCCCGCCAAGGAGCCCAAGGCGCCGGGCGCCGCGACCCCACCCGCGCUCUCCGCCAAGGCCACCGCCGCCGCCGCCGCCGCGCGCCAGCCCACCUGCGGCCUCUGGCGGCCCUGGUGACCCGGCGGGACCUGAGGGCGCGCGGCCCGAGGACCAGAGGGCGAGCCUGCUCCUCUCGCCUGUAGGGAAGCGCCUUCCCGCCGUCGUCCGCCCAGGGCUUGGACGCGCCCUUCUCCGGAAGGCUCCAGCCCCAGGCUGGCCGGCCCGCAGGAGCCCCAUUCUCAGAGAAUGUGUGUGCAGAGUCCCUGCCGUUUUAGGACAAUCAGGGCCCAUCUUCUGCCAAGUGUCUGACCCCAUGGGGUUGUUCUGUGUUUGCAUUUAAGCAAGUGACUUCUGGGAAGUCCCCGGCCGCCCGGGGUUCUAUGAUAUUUGUAGUGCCGGGGUUCGCACGCCAGUGCCCCCAGCCUGUAGAGGACUUUCUUCAGGGCCCGUAGCUGCUGGGCGCACCCCUGGCAGGCGGGCUGUGCCGCGGGCACAUUUGCCUUUUGUGAAGGCCGAACUUGAGCUGUAUCCUCAUAGGAAGCAGUGAUCACCGCGGACGGGCGCCCAGGACCCUGCCGGCUGUGGCCAAAAGGCUCCGAGUGUGCCUGGUGGUCUGGCUGGAGCGCACAGUGGGCUGUCUGGGGAGGGUGGGUGCCUCCACUAUGAUCCUUAAAGGAUUCCUCUGUGUGGGUGGAUGCGUGUGGGCAUGACUUUGUACUCAGAAAUUGAACUCUCGGUCACGUGGAAGCCACGGGACUGCUCUGAAGCCGCUAAUAAAAUCUGACUGUUCAGCCCCC